CAUUCUGCGGUGAUUUGAAGUUCCUUUAUGAAUAAAUACUUGAAACAUUUCCAAAAAACAGUUCCUCUCUGCAUAAAUAGUGGCUACACAAACACUGAUGAGGAACACAACACAGUCCACUACGGGAGAGAAACUAGUGUUAGAUUAUUGACUCUGAAACUGUCAGAAAGUGAACAAAAAUAUAGAAAAGGGAAAAUGAACAGAGAACAUGGGAAAAGCAUCAAUGAUGUCUAUGAAAAUGACAUUGUUACAAAAGGAACAUUUGGAAAAAGGACCACAGACAGUCACACAACAAGAAUCCAGUCAUCUGAACUCACAGGAAGUGAUGGUGUGAUGAUCAGAAGCUCCAGAGCAGCUGCAGUAGUGUUCGUGCUGCUGUGUGUUCUUCUGCUGACUGCACGCAUUAUACUGUGUGCCACCUUCACUCAAGAGAGACAAGAGCUGCUAACUAAGAUCACCAACCUCACAGAAGAGAGAGACCAGCUACAAACCAACAAUAUGAACCUCACAGAAGAGAGAGACCAGCUACAAACCAACAAUAUGAUCCUCACAGAAGAGAGAGACCAGUUGAAAUCAGAAAAAAAUGAACUUCAGAAGAAUUUUGCGGUAAACGUGCGAUUGAUGAGCUCAGCCUUUGUCUCUGUGUGGUCCUUUCCGGGAGGGUCGAGAGAACGAACCAGUGGAGGGGGUUACAAUGGUGCCGUGACCCGGAUGGGAGUGAGGUUUAGGGGGGAUUUUGUGAAGAAUAUUUCUGGUAGUUCUGGUCAUUUCUGGAUUGGUCUGACUGAUGUUGAAGUGGAGGGCAGAUGGAAAUGGGUUGAUGGCAGCACACUGACCUCUGGUUCCUUUAUGAAUAAAUACUUGAAACAUUUCCAAAAAACAGUUCCUCUCUGCAUAAAUAGUGGCUACACAAACACUGAUGAGGAACACAACACAGUCCACUACGGGAGAGAAACUAGUGUUAGAUUAUUGACUCUGAAACUGUCAGAAAGUGAACAAAAAUAUAGAAAAGGGAAAAUGAACAGAGAACAUGGGAAAAGCAUCAAUGAUGUCUAUGAAAAUGACAUUGUUACAAAAGGAACAUUUGGAAAAAGGACCACAGACAGUCACACAACAAGAAUCCAGUCAUCUGAACUCACAGGAAGUGAUGGUGUGAUGAUCAGAAGCUCCAGAGCAGCUGCAGUAGUGUUCGUGCUGCUGUGUGUUCUUCUGCUGACUGCACGCAUUAUACUGUGUGCCACCUUCACUCAAGAGAGACAAGAGCUGCUAACUAAGAUCACCAACCUCACAGAAGAGAGAGACCAGCUACAAACCAACAAUAUGAACCUCACAGAAGAGAGAGACCAGCUACAAACCAACAAUAUGAUCCUCACAGAAGAGAGAGACCAGUUGAAAUCAGAAAAAAAUGAACUUCAGAAGAAUUUUGCGGUAAACGUGCGAUUGAUGAGCUCAGCCUUUGUCUCUGUGUGGUCCUUUCCGGGAGGGUCGAGAGAACGAACCAGUGGAGGGGGUUACAAUGGUGCCGUGACCCGGAUGGGAGUGAGGUUUAGGGGGUUCAUGGCUCAUCUGGUUGUGUUUAUAGAUGGAUGGAAGUGCCAUCAAUCCAGUCUUUAUUUCAUUUCUUCUGAGAUGAAAAACUGGACUGAGAGCAGAAGUUACUGUAGAGAGAGAGCAGCAGAUCUGAUCAUCAUCAACAACACAGAGAAACAAGAUUUUGUGAAGAAUAUUUCUGGUAGUUCUGGUCAUUUCUGGAUUGGUUUGACUGAUGUUGAAGUGGAGGGCAGAUGGAAAUGGGUUGAUGGCAGCACACUGACCUCUGGGUUCUGGGCGUCAACAGAGCCAGACAGCCAUCAGGGAACAGAUGAAGACUGUGCUAUAAAUUAUUCAGAAGGAUGGGCUGAUUAUCCAUGUGAUUAUAUGUCUAAAUGGAUCUGUGAAGAAAGUAUUCUUAAAUGA